AUACUAUAAAAUGUGUGUGUUUGCAUGAUUGAAUUCGGCAAUUCUUCAAAGCGUGAAAAGUUACAACGAACACAAAGUCAAAGUCUAUGUGGAUUAUGAUUGGAUUACAAGUCAAUACGAGUAGGUAUUAGAUAUUUUUUGUAUAGUUAAAGUUUCACAACAAUGGAACAACGAUGAUAAUCAGCAAGUACUUCAGCUAUGCGUAUGUACAAUUUUUCAAUAUAACCUCAUUGUAUACCUGCGAUUUACUACAUUUUGUUUGCUUUUCAACUUUCUUCGUUUUACCGAUCUGGCCUAGUACUACAGAGCUAUUUACCUCUAUGGAUCCUGCUCAAUGCGUGCACAAAAAUGUAUUCCAAGGUGGCCCUAUUCAGGUGGCGCUAUGUUGCAUUAAAAAUUUGGGAUUUUACAUGAUCCUGUACGUGAUCAUAACACUUAAAGACACUUGCAGCCAUUCAAGAGUCUUGCGGCAGUAUCCGAUUGAUCCAAGUUGAUCUGAGUAAGUCGGGGAACGAAAUCGGUAAUACGCAUGAGGGAAACAUUCAAAUUUUGGGUGCGAAUACUCCUAGUUCGAGACUCUCUGUAUACGAAAGAACUUUAUGUAGUUUGAAUGAAGUUUGUGGGGUAACUCACCUUAGCGAUUUCAUUCCCCACUUGUAAAUGUAAUUGGAGACAUAAAAUGCAAAUAAAAACUCACAAAUUGUGCACGCAUUUCACUGGAUUCGAUCUUAGCCUAUCCAUUCGUAUAUGCUAUGGAAAUGGAUUCCAAGUACAGUUGGUACCACAAGCCUAUAAGAGUUCCCUAAAUGUGUCAGAUAACUUGUGUGUGUGUGUGUGCUAUGUGGGCAACAAUUUUACAAGAGUGUAUUGCGAAUAUACGUAUAUAAUAAUGUGUGAUAGUUUAGGAGUAUAUGUUACUGGGAUAUUCAACUAGAUUCCGAUAACUAACUUUAGCUUUAACAACUUUAAAUUUUAAAUUGAUUUAUUUAAAGAAGGUCGGGUUCGAUAUCGAGUAGCCCGAUAAAGCCCGUGUCAAAUGUCACGCCGUAUUGCCAGAAAGCUUUAAUGGGGCUGGGGAGCCUAGGAACGGGCAGCACUUUGUCUUCCAGAAUUCGAGAAUCGGAGAGAACAAGGGUGCCUGGUUUUUCGGUUUCACAUCAAUGAAACACACUUUCUUUGGAGUUCUUUUAACAUUAACAAAAAAUUUUCAUUUAUAUGAUUGGAAUGCAAUAUUACCAAUCCCUUUGGCAGAACGUCUUCGGAAAGCACAAAAUUACUAGCACGAAAUGAGUCAUGCAAUGCAUGGACUGCAUACGAAUCGCCCUACUCCCGACAUCUUUCGCGGCGAUCCAUUUAAAAUUCAAUCGUACAAUUUUCGGUAUGCCGAUCGACCCAUCUACCCAGUACAGCACUACCAGAGGCCAGGGCCAGAGCCGCUCCCCUGCCACACGCCGCAAUUCGAGACAUUCUACCGCAAUCCCAAGUUUUCCAGCGAUCCCGAGUACGCACCGAGCGCGAAGCCGAGUCCGCAGAGCACCACGGCCUUCACGGAACACAGGCGCCGUAGGUUCCUGCGGGACUUCCAGUCCAUUCCCACCACUCCGAUUCGACGAACCUUCUCCGGUGUCUGCCAGCGCCCGCCAGAGGUGCGCAGUGUCUCAACGGUACCUCAGCCACCACGCCGGCUCUCGCCCAAGGCUCCCGUAGAAGUGACGAAUUCUCCGCUUCUGAGGAGCUGCUGCAACCGUGGCGAUUAUCAGGCAAUGGUUCGGGGCCAGAGCACCUCGUCGUUGGUGCGGAGUGGCAGCGGUAAUGUGCUGAAGACUGGAGUACCUAGGAGCGCCUCUGCGGCCUCGUUUGACAGGAGGGAAAGGGAGUGGCAACGAUCCGUUGCCACUAGAACCAGUUCCAACAUCCAGCUUCUGCCUAAGAGAAGCGGCUACAGCGGUUGCGAGAUCAACAUCAACAUCGGCGCCUUGGACUCUGAAUCGGAGACGGACAACAAUUUAACAAUCAAGAUUGAGACGGACACUUGUCUGUUGAACAACACGGACAAGGCAAAGCAGCCGGAGAGACGUAAGCGCUCCAGCAGUGCCAGCCGAUCCCCCGUCACCUUCGAUAUAGACAAGCGAUUGUCCAAGUUCAAUGUGGCCGACAAAAAGCCCAGGAGAGGCUCGGACGAGGAGGCCAAUCAACGGGAGUGGGAUCAGGAGCUGAAAAUGCAGCGAGAACGCGCCAGGCAGCGGGAGAGGGAGCGAGAAAAUCUGCGCCAGCAGGAGAGGCAAAGAGAAUACGAGCGCCUCCUCGAGCUCGAGGUGGAGAGGGAGAAAGACCGCCUCAGAGAGCUGGAAAGGGAGUCGCAGCGACGGAGAGAGUACCAUGAGUACCAAGAACACCUACGACGGGAACAGUGGAAGCGGCAGGAAGUACCGAUGCGUGCCAUGCCCACAUCCCCCCUGAUGAUGACCUCUCACUUGAACAGACGUACCUCCAACGAUCGUCUGCCCGGGAUGGUCCCCUUCCUGGACCGCCCACCUGCCGCGGCCAGUAAGCGGGCACAGCGUCUUCAGAACUGCUCCAAGAAUCUGACAUCCCUGAGGGGCCUAAAGAAAGCCACAGCUCCUCCUGUACCUCCUGCCUCCCUGUUAACUACAGCUCCCACUGUGCCUCCCGUCGCCAUGUUUACCACAGCUCCUACUGUCAAUCGUCCCAGGAGUCUAGAGCGGACCAGUUCUGGCACGUCGAAUGGCAACAUCCAUGUAACGGUAACCACCAAUGGUAGCAAUUCCAGCCUGCGUCGGCCAUCGGCCACAGGGCUGAACGAGCAGAAGAAGCUGAAUGGAAGCUCUGGCUCCCAUUCCCCCAUUCUCACCAGGCUAAAUAACAUCCCCAUUAGGAUAACCACCUCGGGUCCGGGUGACAGGGACGUGGAGUUCUCAAUGAACCAAGUGCGGCUACGAAGUCAUUCACCCAUGCCGGGUGUGGCUCCACGUGUGAGCACCAGUCGGAUGCGACAGGGGGAGGACAGCUCUGUGCAGUCCUUGAAUGUCAAUAUCAACGUCUAUGCGGAUAACACCUCGCGUACGAUGCGUAUGUGCGAGUAGAGGUAGAGUUUGUAGGUAGGAUCAAUAUCAGGAAAAUUCUGGAACCCCGCUCUUCAGGCGGGUAAAUUCAGAGCGGAACGCAACGGGAAUGUGUUCCAGAGUUGAGCUGAUCUUGACCCCACCUACAUACGUAUGUACUCGUCGAAUCGUUCCCAGAUACAGAUGCGGCACUCGUUUAAGCUGACUUAAAGUUCUCGGACUUUUGUUUUUAAUUGGGUAGAAAGGAAAAAAAAUCAAUAAAAAAGUGUAGGUUCCCACAGAUUGUGUUCGUUAUUUUUUCAAAGUAUAUGAGGGCUAGAUAUCCUAGAUUCCCCCCCCAUUAAAUCAAUGCAAUUGCAGGCGCCUUUGACACAGCAAUAAAACCUUCUAUUCUGGGAGUAGUGUUUUGGAUAGAACUCCUAAAAGCUCA